GUUGUGUUUUGUUAAUUUGUCAAAAACACAUUUUUAGCAAUGCAAAUCCUCCACUGUUAACCCUAAUGGAAUCAUCGGUCGCUCCAUUUCAACAAGACAACAGUACAGCUGCCAUGAAUGCUGCAGCACCAACAACUGUAAUGCACACAUGUGUGUCCAUGGGAAACCUUCUGAGUGUAAAGAUGACGAAACAAUCGACUGUGCUCGGUUGAGCUCCAUUUUCAACCUCUGUGACGACGUUCAUCAUGCCAAACUCACAUGUCAAAAAUUCUGUGGGUUGUGUCAGCUCGUUGAUGGUAACUGGGCUGAAUGGAGCUCAUGGUCAACGUGCAGCGUUACGUGCGACAACGGGACCAACACACGAACACGUACCUGCUCAAAUCCGUCACCAAGCAACGGAGGUCUCAACUGUAAUGGAUCAGCUAUUGACUCAAAAGUGUGCACAAUGCAGCUGUGUCCAGUACACGGAAACUGGACGGGCUGGUCUGCCUGGUCUGGUUGCUCAGUUUCCUGUGAUGUGGGGCUAAGGAAGAAAUGGAGAACUUGCACCAAUCCGAAGCCAGACCGUUUGGGGGACUAUUGCGAGGGCGAUUCUAACGAAUAUGCCGUGUGUCUGAAUGACCCAUGUGAUGCCAGAAACGGCGGCUGGUCCAAUUGGAACUCGUGGCAGAGCUGUUCCGUGACGUGUGGAGAGGGUCUUAAGCUCAGGGGCAGAACGUGCACCAACCCGAGUCCGUCCGCCUAUGGCAAGGAUUGUCCGGGAAACUCCGAGUCGUUUGAUGUUUGCGUAAACACACCAUGCACUGUGGUCCUUUUCAACGCUCACGGGCGCAACGUGUUGUCAAAUUCGGUUAAUGCAUUUCCUUCUGUGAUCUCUAACGAAGGAAAUGCGUACAACCCGAGCACUGGGCACUUCACUGCUCCUGUUGACGGCAUUUAUUACUUCACCGCCCAAACAUGCACUACACCCGCCCAUUCGGUGGUUUUCUAUAUUCAGAAAGCUUCUGAGUGUAAAGAUGACGAAACAAUCGACUGUGCUCGGUUAAGCUCCAUUUUCAACCUCUGUGCAGACGUUCAUCAUGCCAAAAUCACGUGUCCAAAGUUCUGUGGGUUAAGUCAGCUCGUUGAUGGUAACUUGGCUGACUGGAGCGUGUGGUCAGCCUGCAGCGUUACAUGCGACAAUGGGACCAACACACGAACACGUACCUACUCAAAUCCGGCACCUAGCAACGGCGGUCUCAACUACAGCGGACCAUCAGUCGGCUGGAAAGCGUGCACAAUGCAGCACUGUCCAGAUGGCGGCUGGUCCAGUUGGGGCUCCUGGCAAAGCUGUUCCGUCACGUGCGGAGUGGGACUUAAGCUCAGGGGCAGAACGUGCACCAACCCGAGUCCGUUCGCAUAUGGCAAGGAUUGUCCCGGUGUCUCCGAGUCUUCUGCUAUGUUAAGUACCGUUGUCCUGUUCAACGCUCACGGUUGA